ACUGAAUGAGAGCGCCUCCGUUUCCUAGCAACCGUCAAACAAAUACAGUACAGGCAAACCAACCGAAACGAGAAGUGUUAGCUAAUUUACUGGAGAAUGGGGAAAAAAAUUAAGAAGGAAGCUGAACCCCAACCCAAACAAGCAUUUGAACCAGUGCCCAUUGAGAGCAAGAGCGCUGCAACAGUGAUUCUUAUGCUUCAGUCUCCUGAGGAAGAAGUGCUGGUCAAAGCCCUUGAAGCCAUCCAUAGGUUUGCAGAGAAAGGUGAUGAGAACAAGCGCACUCUGAUGGCUUUGAGGGUAGUGGAACCACUCACUUGCCUUAUAUCACAUCUCGAUAAAACUGUUUGCAGAAACGCUUUCAUGGCUCUGGGAGACAUGGUUUCGGACAAUGAUGUCAAACGACUAAUCAAGAGACUGAAUAUUAUUCCAUCUGUCAUCACCAAACUGGCACCAGAAGAAGACGUUGUUGUCCACGAAUUUGCCACUCUGAUUUUGGCACAUCUGUCCGUGGACAUCACAUGUAAGGUCGAGAUCUUCCAUCAUGGUGGACUGGAACCUCUCCUUCAUCUUCUGUCCAGCCCCGAUCCUGAUGUACAGAAAAAUUCCGUGGAAUGCGUAUAUAAUCUUGUUCAGGAGUUUUCCAGUCGGGUGGCAGUGCACAAGUUGAACGGACUCCCGCCGCUUAUGGAGCUGCUGAGCUCUGAAUUUCCCAUCAUACAGCAGUUUGCUCUGCACACACUAGAGAGCAUCAGCACAGACAGAGAAACUCGCACAGCCUUCAGAGAACAGCAAGGAUUUGCCCGCCUCCUGGAGUUUCUCACAAACAAAGAGUUUAGUGACCUGCACGUGGAAGCUCUGAAAGUCAUCUCAAACUAUAUGGAGGAUGCUGAGUCCAUGCAGCUUAUUCAGGAGAAUGGAGGCCUGGAGAAACUGCUGCAAUUUAUCAUUACACCCACCUCUCAUGAUAUCCAGGCUUAUGCGGUGAAAGCCAUCAGCAGAGCUGCACAGAGUAGUGAAAACCGAAAGAUCCUGCAUGAGCAAAAUGUUGAAAAGGCCCUCACUGAAUUGCUUGCAGCGGAGAACGAGAGCGUGCGCAGUGCUGCAUGCCAGGCAGUGUCAGCCAUGAGCAAGAACCUGAGCAGCAGAGACACGUUCCGACAAUUUGAUGGGAUCAGACCUAUUGUGCAACUGCUGAACAGUGAAGGAAAUGAAGUAAAAGAGGUUGCAGCAGAAGCCUUAUCAAGCCUCACGCACGGAAACCAACUGAAUGCACAUGCAGUUUAUGAAGCAGAAGGAGACAAGCUUCUCGUCCAGCUCCUACAGAAUGGCUCUCCUGCAGCAGUAGUGCACGCAGCAGCUGUUCUGAACAGCAUGGCUUCACAGGAAGUGCUUCGCUGUAGCAUUCUCUCGCACGGAGCCAUGCAGGCACUGCUGAAACCCCUCCACUCCGUUGAUAAACCCACACUCAUCAGUGCCACCCAGGCUGUAGGUGCACUCGCCUGUGAUGCAGAGGGAAGAGCUGAGUUAAGAAAUGUUGGAGGUCUGCCCCAAUUGGUUAACCUAUUGAAAUCAAAGGACGCUGAAAUCCGCCGAAAUGCAUGCUGGGCAGUGACCGUGUGUGCUAAUGAUGAACCAACAGCCACAGGAAUGUGCAGAUUAGGGGCUUUGGAGAUCCUCCAGGAGAUCAACUGCUCGCUGAGCCGUAAGAAUAAGUUCAGUGAGGUAGCCCUGCAGAGGCUUUUGAAUAGUAACCUCUCUGUAAAAUACAGCAUUACAGGAUGUCUCUUCUCCACUGAUAUCACUACGGACGGCUUCUAUGAUCCAGGACAGACCAGAGAUGGUCACACGGUUCCUGCUCUUGAAGAUAUAGCAAAGCAGGUGAUCAACGAGCACCGAGCCGUCAUUGCAGUCAAUGGAAACCCCCCAGCUGAGACGAUUACCGAUUCAGCAAAGAAGGGGCAGCAGGAGAGUCCUACAGAAACCCAAACCUCGCCUGUAAUGAGCAGCAAAGGGAGCAUCAAAUCAACUAGUAAAGCGAAAGGGAAAGGGUUGCAGAAGGAUGAGAAACUGAGGUAUGAGGACGAGUGUAAAGCCCAGCAGGAAGCAGCAGCAGAGAAGCCAUGGACACUGCCAUACGAUGCUCAGCUCAACAAUCUGAUCAAAGAGACAUUCAAAUCUGUCCUGCCCUUACAUGAAGGCGUGGAAAUGUACACUGCCCUGGCUAAGUUGGUGUGUGAUGCAAUGGGGGGGCCGGUAGAUGUUAAGAAACAACAUGACUUUCUUUGGGAGGUUCAUCUCAGUGAGCUGAAGGUUGAGGUGCAGUCAAACAUCAUUCCCAUCGGCAAGAUCAAAAAGGGAACCUACUACCACCGAGCCCUACUCUUCAAGGUUUUGGCAGACAGGAUCGGACUGAGCUGCAGUCUGGUGAGAGGACACUACAGUCGGGCCUGGAAUGAAAUUCUGCUCCCCUCCACCACCAUGAGAGCUACAGGAUUUUACCCCCAACUCCAGACUUAUAUCAUAGAUCUCAUGCACAAACCUGGAACCCUUAUGAAGUGUGGCACGCCUGCUGCUGAACAGUACCAGAAAAUCUAAUUUCGGUGUUUUUCCGUGACCUUUAAGCUAAUCCUGUUCAAUCUACAAUUAAUCCACCCACCGAAUCGUGCUAUGUCGUGAUAACCCACUUAUAUUUCACUAUGAUGCUGACAUAACUGAAUUAAAUAUCUUUAAAUGUUUAAAGACCAAA